AUGCGUUCCUUCCUCUCGUCGACCGUGAACGGGGGCUGGGACCCCGAGAUCUCGGCCAGGCGGCAAGUGCGCCUCCCCGAGCUGAGCGCAGGGCAGGCCAGGAGGAAGGAGUACUUCUAUCCGACGGCGGCGGAGGUGCAGGCCAGGGUGGACAAGCUCCGAGAGCGGCAGCGCAGGCUGGAGGUCAAGCAGGUCGACUUGACCAAGGUGAGGGACGAGCUUCUCCCCAAGGCGAGAAAAGAGUACGAGUACGUCCUCGAGGACUCUCGCCAUCCGUUCAACAGGGCCACGUGCAAGCCGGAGGAUCUCCGGAGGGCCAGAGAAGAGGCCAAGUCGGAGGUCACCAGGCUGUCGAAAGAGGCGAAACGCCGAGAGGGUGACGUGGCGACGGCGGCCCGCGCGCUGCGGGAGAGCCCGUCCACGGUGGACGGCACCCUAGCGGAGGCCGCGGCUCCCCGCCGGUUGCUGUCCGCAAGGAAGCUCCUCCGCUUGCAGCAGCAGCAGCAGCAGCAGCCGGAGACGACAGCCGCCGCUACUGCUUCCGUCCCGGCACGUGGCCCGGCGGCCGCGGAGGCGGCGGCGGCGACAUCCACGGCGGACGGGCAGGUAGAGGAGGAGGACGAGGAAGAGGAGGAGUUCGAGGAGGUGGAAGAGGGGUCGGAGGUCGAGGGAGCGUUCGACCCUAACCCCGAGCUCCGGUCGAGGCUGAGCGACAAGAGCAGGUCCCUCCGCACCAACGGUGGCGGUGGUGAUGCCGCCGAGGGGGAAGACGAAAUGGCCGGAGGGAAGACUUCGGCCGUCGGUGGAGGGCACGCCAAGGGCCGCAUCAAGGCCUUCGGCGCGGUGCUGGAGAAGACCCUGAGCAAGACCUUGCUCGGGCGGGCCCCGGCUACCGCUCCCGGUCGGACCAGGAAGGCGGGCACCUCGCCCCGGCCGCAGCAGCGGGGCUCCAACGCCGCGGCUGUCGCCGCCGCUGCGUCGUGGGAGCCGAAGUCUAAGCACCUCCGCGCCCUCCUGUCCACGACCGCCGCCAGGAGCAGCAGCGGCUCUCGCUUGACCGGCUGCCCGCCCCCUCCGCCGCCGCCCCCGCCGAUGCUGGGAAUGCCGCCGCAGAUCAGGGCCCGCGUCGGCGGUGGCCCGCAGAGCGGCGGUGGCCAACCGACGGCAGGCAUGGGCGGUCUCCUGGCGGAGAUCCGGGCACGCGGAGAACGUGUUGGCGGCGGCGGCGGUGGCGGCGGCGGCACCCAGAGCGGUGGUUGCCAAGGCGCGGCAGGAAUCGGAGGUCUUCUGGCGGAGAUCCGGGCGGCGAAGCGUGGCUGAGGCCGGGACGCCCCGAUAGCGCCCGCGGUCGGGGAAGGGUCUUUUGUGUGAUGUACUUGUACCAAAUGAAAAUUUCGGUUGUAUAGCAAAUGUUUUCUGAAACAUACGCUUAGCUACGGUUCUGGCGAGACCGUUAGUUCAGGUACUCAGGACUUGCUGGGUCUACUGCUACUGUUACUCUGGAACAGGGACUGUGACUUGUUGUGUCUACUUUUACUUCGGAACGGAACCGAAGAUAUAGCUCGACGUACUUUUGCUUUAGAAGAAGAGGCAUUCGUUCCUGUGGAUGGUUGGUGUCACUACCCGGCAUUGAGUGCUGGCGUCUUAGAUGGACACGGAAGCGCGGGAGAGGAAGUGAGAAAGGAGAGAGAAGGUAUGAUGCAUGGUAGGUGUUGUGUCGCUGAUUGGUGUAUCGCAGCAUAAAGUUUGUGUCAAAGUGCUUUUGUAGCCAGUCUUGUUUGUGUACCACCUGUGAUUUGAAGUGUACAACCUAUAUUAGUCUAACGUAUUGUGCAUCCCGUGUAUACACCAGUGUUGUGUGAGCCUGUGAUUUGAAAGCGUAGCGCCUGAUUUCGAAACAUACAGGGAGACGUGGGGUGAACGUGCAUGUGCAGUCAGUCUAUUGUUUUACGUGGCUGUGAACUCAUGUGCGCCAUUGAGUUUGACACAGGGAGAGGUGAGUGGGGUGACAGGGAGAGGUGGGGUGACCGAGUGCCAGUGGUUGCCUCUCGGCUAUCGCAAUCUAAGCUCUAAGCCCACCUUGUUUUCAUGCAGGACUUUAAUAACUCGUGGGGCGUCUAAACCGUUGUUCAUACAGGGUUAGAACUUUCCGUGCCAGUCUUGUACUUGUAGACGGAGGCCUUCUGGGCUAUUUUUGAGAUGUGGAGGCGAAAGGUUGGUUUCGUGCAAGCAAGGUGUUCAUAACACGAAGAAUGGAUGGUGAUGUGUCGAAAGAGUUGGCGUAACGACAUGCCGGGUCCCUUUGCGACAAAUGGUGUGUACGUGAAUGGUGUGUACUUGCGAGGGGGAAUGGGAGAUUGGUCGUGGUUUCUACAAAAGCGUUUUGCGUUUUUUCCCGUCGUUGAGGCCGGCUUUGUAUCUAUGCCCGUCGUUGUGCAUGUAGACUAUUUCAUUCACCAUUGCCCUCACAUAUAUUUUAUACGAUGCCUGCCCAUGUAGGCUAAAACGUGGGGUUGCG